UUGCGGAAGGGAAACUAUGCUCAGCGUGUCGGCGCUGGAGCCCCGGUCUAUCUGGCCGCUGUGCUGGAGUACCUGACUGCUGAAAUCCUGGAGCUGGCCGGGAACGCCGCCCGGGACAACAAGAAAACCCGAAUCAUCCCGCGUCACCUGCAGCUCGCUGUGCGCAACGACGAGGAGCUCAACAAGCUGAUGGGAGGCGUGACCAUCGCUCAGGGCGGAGUGCUGCCCAACAUCCAGGCCGUGCUGCUGCCCAAGAAAACCGAGAAGCCAGCCAAGAAGUAAAUCACUCGGACGCCGCUUUUAGAUCUUCUAAACCCCCAAAGGCUCUUUUAAGAGCCACCCACUUUUUCUA